AUCAAUAGAUAGCGGAUCAGAACGUGAUCUAUAAAAUCCCGUGUAUCAAACAGCCGCUCAGUGGUGCGCUGACAGUGAUCGGAAAGGACUCGCAUGUAAACUCAUAUAACGUCCUACAUUACACUUAACGCCUCAUCGACGGAAGACGCCACAUGAACGAAAAAUAGGCUUCAACAUGGCGUCGUGUGAAGAUUAUAUCAAAUGGUUUGAAGAGAAAGACAAUCGCAACUGGCUGAAAAUAUCGGUUGGAUUGAUCAUUACCAAACGUGGACUUGCACCAUUCGUAGAAAAUACCGUGGAAACGUGGAAGAACGGCCAAGUCCCGCCAGGAAUCAACUGUUCCGCGUGUUCUACUGCAGAAAUUGUACCAUGUUACCCUAAAAACAAAAUUUGUAAACGUGGAGUUUGCAAAUUGCACGAAUUUGUGACAUAUCGUCCAUGCCCGAACAAGGUUUGCGAUAGACUUAGACAGUCAAUUAUAAAUCAGCAUAGAUUGGUGGGUCCAUCCUGGCGAAAUACAAACGCCAGAGAUUGGUGCUCAAAUGCAUGGGAAGUUGCUAAAGCAUUUGUAACCCCAGACGGAUAUGACACGAUUAGCACAUCUGAUGAUACAGAUUUGAACAGCAUUGUCAGUGUUCUUAUGAACUGUCUUCUUUUUGAGAACUACAUCCCUGACCUAGCACACACGGUCAACGUUUGUACUAAGGUUUGCGACAUUGGACGGAAACUACGCCACACAUCAAAACUUGAAGUUACCGACGAUGAGCUUAAACAAUGGUUUGGAGACAUGAGGGCGUUAUUUAAUAUACCACAACACCUUGCAGCGAAUUCUAAUGCACAGAGUACGCUAGAUGUAUUGAACAAGUUGGAGCAUGACCAGUUGCAUAUCGAGAGGACGGACGUGCUCGAUGCCAUAAUAGAUGUAGUAACUUCAUUGAAACGCCUCAACUCUGAAGCACUGAUUGACAACAUCAGCAAGCUCCAAGAAAUUCAGCAGGACAUUGAAACACAGGUUGAAGAACAUAAACGUAACGUUGGUGAUUUGAUCGAUGAGAAAAAGGUUGAGGGAACACAGCAUGCGAGUACAUUGCAGCCGAUCAUCGAUAACAAGGUUGAUGCUUACCAGCAGAGCUUUAACGAGUUUAAGAAAGAGCUCAAAAAAAUUCUUCUUAAACACCAUAUCACAACCACUUCGACGCUGCCCAUGGGGCCGUUUUUUCCUAAUGGUGCAUCUCGUAUUGAGGACUUCUACGUACCACCAAUGCUGUCAGAGGUAUUCACGCAAACGACGUGUGACAAUAAAAAUCCGUUAGAAACCAAGAAACAGCCUAUUACAUCUCUUGAACCGCUGUUGACUAUGAACGAUACAAAGAAACAAUUCACAAUUAUAACAGCAAAUGCGGGUGUUGGCAAGACAUCAUUUUGUCAUUUUUUAGCUGUCCUAUGGUGCGCAUCGCAAACAAACGAAAGAGAUGUUUUAAAACAUUUCGGGAAACGAUACAAUCUAUCAUUUGAUGUUUUAGAAGACAUAAAAUACCUCUUUUAUAUAGACAUGACCACUAUUCCAUCAGAAGAAAGAAAUUCCGUAGAAGAAAUACUUUAUAUGCAUUUGAAAGAUGAACUAGGAUACAGUGAAGAUGACAAACAACUCUUCGAAAAGCUGUUCACACAAGAGAGAGGCUUGGUGAUUUUAGACGGUUUAGACGAAACUGCUAUAUCAAAACUACAACCGCCAAUAGCCAACCGGACAUACAGCGUUGUACUUACGUGCCGUCCAUGGAAACUUGCAGACAUGGAAAUACCAAGACACACGUAUUUGCAUUUUAGUGUCGAUGUUUUGGAUGCUGAAUCCGUUAAAGAGCUUUUAAGACAUGCAAACAUACGUCUUAACGCACAUUAUGGAACCACAUUUAAGGUCGAAGAUUUCUUUGCCGCUGUCGAGUCGCAAAAACUGCAGUCUUUUACCUCAAACACGCUCAUGGGUUUGCAACUAUACUGUGUCUGGCACGGUCGAUGUAUAGACGACGAAACACCGCAAAAGAGCAAUACCAAGCUAACGCUUGGGAAAACAAGGUCACUCAUUUAUGCCGACGUUUUAGAAAUGAUGUUUGAUAUAGGACAAAAGAGGUAUAAAGAAAGCUUACCACGAGCUCAACUACAAGCUCCAAAUGAAAGGCGGCUUCCAACGUGUUUCGAGCGAUGCAAUACUUGUAAAGCAAACUCCGACACAAUAUAUGAAACAGGAAAAAUAGCAUUUCAAAUGUUAAUCGACUUGAAAUGUUGUUUUGAUCAGGACACCAUGAACUUGUUAAAAGAAAAUAAACUUCUACAAGCUUCAGGACUCAUAACAGCUAUAAAGUCACACAAAUGCAGCAUUAAAAACACGAUGUAUCGUUUUUUACACAAAACCUACCAGGAAUUCUUUGCUGCUGUGUAUCUUUCGUCAUUGAAAUUCGAAAGUGAAGAUUGGAUGGCAUAUGAAAGCCAUUUCGAAAGUACAUUUACACCAGAGAUAAUGUUAUUUCUGUGUGUCAUGAAUUACGAGCAGGGCCAGCGAUGUGCGGAAAUGUUCGGGGACAUAGAUCGUACGUUUUACGGAAAGAGUACAUUCUAUUUCGAAAAGCUCAUCGAGUAUCAGUCUACGGUGCUGCAGUCGUACAACGAAUGUGUGAACAAUGGCGUUUCUGAGCCAAAGCUUGCGUUAAGGCACAGUUAUAUAGAUAAUGAGCUUAUGUCAGAUGACCAUUAUCUAUUGAAUUCCAACGCAAAAACGACAGAAACAUAUGCAAUGAUGCGUUACGGCGUAUGCGCAACGAAUAUGAAUUCCAAAGAAACAAUGGAAGAAAGAAACAUCACUUCAUUAAAAACCUACUAUUCAAAUCUGCAAGUAUUCCCCAAAACAUCUCUAACAACCUUGGAACUUAUAUGGCUUGACAAUUUUGAAAUACGAACCGAUGAAAUAGAUCUCGUUUAUUGCGAAAAUCUUAAAGUAUUGAUACUACAGAACAUCCGUCUCAGGCGUGUGGCCAUCGCCCCGGCCCAGCUGGAGCAGCUUGUGGUUUCGACCCGUGAAGACCUUUGGAAGAAGAUUCCGCCAAUGGAAGUGACAUUCGCACAUGGAGAACAGUUUUCCAACAGACUAAGAGAACUCAGUCUGGUCCACAUUUUUUUGAAUGGACGCCUAGAUAUAAGUCAGUGCGAUAAACUUCAGAAGCUGGAACUGGACACAAUGUCAUUCCGUGCCACCUACCACCUGGACGUAUCAUCAUUCACUGACCUCACUCAGAUAACAGUGAAGGACAUCCGCCUCUGGCAAUUGACCAUCGGCCCGGCCCAGCUCGAAUUGUUCUGCGUCUCCACCAGCGAAUACAUGAUGGAGACGAUUCCGGCAAUGGAGCUGUCAUUCCAACAUGGAGAACAGUUUUCAAGCAAACUACGGGAGCUCUGGCUCGACAACAUUAGUUUAGAUAGACAAUUAGAUAUAAGUCAGUGUGCUAAACUACAGACACUGACACUGGACACAUUAUCAUUUCCUGACGACUACCAUCUGGACAUAUCCUCAUUCACUGACCUUACUAGGAUAACACUAAACGACAUCUCCCUUAUGCAAUUGACCAUCGCCCCGGCCCAGCUGGAAUUGUUCUGCGUCUCCACCAGCGAAUACAUGAUGGAGACGAUUCCGGCAAUAGAGCUGUCAUUCCAACAUGGAAAACAAUUUUCCAGCAAACUUCGGGAGCUCAGCCUGGACAACAUUACUUUAAAUGGACACCUAGAUAUAAGUCAAUGUGAUAAACUACAGACACUUUGGCUGAACACAUUAUCGUUCCCUGUCGACUACCACCUGAACGUAUUAUCAUUCACCCACCUCACUGAGAUCAUUCUACGUAACAUCUGCCUCAAGCAAAUGACCAUUGCCCCGGCGCAGCUGGAGACAUUCUGGUUGGUCACCGAUGAAGACCUGCGGGAAAAGAUUCCACCCAUUGAGGUGACAUUCGCACAUGGAGAACAGUAUACCAACAAACUUAAGGAGCUCAGUAUGGACAAUAUUGUAUUAAAUGGAUACCUUGAUAUAAGUCAGUGUGAUAAACUACAGAAACUGCGACUGUACGAUGUAUCAUUCCCUGGCGAAUAUCACCUCGACAUAUCCAGCUUCACAGACCUAACUAGGAUAAAAUUACGGAAUGUCCGCCUCUGGCAUAUAACAAUUGCCCCCGCUCAGCUUAGGCAGUUCUGGGUCUACACAAAUACUAAUCUACUGGACAAGAUACCCGCCAUGAAGGUCACAUUCGAUGAUGGGGUACAAUUUACUAACAAACUACUAGAGCUAGGUCUUGGCAACAUUGUUUUAAAUGGACAACUAGAUAUAUCUCAAUGUGAUCAACUGCAGACUUUGCAGCUGGUUACAAUUUCAUUCCCUGACGACUAUCACCUGGACGUAUCAUCAUUCACUGACCUCACUGAGAUCAUUCUACGUAACAUCUGCCUCAAGCAAAUGACCAUUGCCCCGGCGCAGCUGGAGACAUUCAGGGUGGUCACCGAUGAAGACCUGCGGGAAAAGAUUCCACCCAUUGAGGUGACAUUCGCACAUGGAGAACAGUAUACCAACAAACUUAAGGAGCUCAGUAUGGACAAUAUUGUAUUAAAUGGAUACCUUGAUAUAAGUCAGUGCGAUAAACUACAGAAACUGCGACUGUACAAUGUAUCAUUUCCUGAUGAAUAUCACCUCGACAUAUCCAGCUUCACAGACCUCACUAGGAUAAAAUUACGAAAUAUUCGCCUCUGUCAUAUAACCAUUGCACCCGCUCAGCUAGAGCGUUUCUGGGUCUAUACAAAUACUAACCUACUGGACAAGAUACCCGCCAUGAGGGUGACAUUCGAAAAAGGAGAACAGUUUACAAACAAACUGUUGGAACUCAGUCUGCGCAACAUUGUUUUAAAUGGACUACUAGAUAUAUCUCAAUGUGAUAAACUGCAAAGACUUGUGCUGAACGCAUUAUCAUUCCCUGACGACUAUCACCUGGACGUAUCCUCCUACACGGACCUCACUGAUAUAGAACUACUUGACAUCCGCCUCAAGCAUUUGACCAUUGCCCCGUUAAAGCUUGAAUGUUGUUUGGUCUUUACCAGUGAAGACCUGCGGGAGAAGAUUCCUCCAAUGGAGGUGACAUUGGCACAUGGGAAACAGUACAACAACACCCUACUGGAGCUGUUUCUUGGCAACAUUAUUUUAAAUGAUCGUCUUGAUAUUAGUUCGUAUGAUAAACUGCAUACUUUGCAGCUGGAGUCAUUGUCAUUCCCUGAUGACUAUCACCUUGACUUGUCCUCAUACACGGACCUCACUGAGAUAGCACUACUUGACAUCCGUCUCAAGAAAUUGACCAUUGCCCCGUUUAAGCUUGAAUUGUUCGGGGUCUCAACCAGUGAAAACCUGUGGGAUGAGAUUUCUCCAAUGGAGGUGGCAUUAGCACAGGGGGAACAAUACAGCAACACUCUACUGGAGCUCAUUCUGGACAAUAUUAUUUUAGAUGGAAGCCUAGAUAUAAGUCAGUGUAAUAAACUGCAGAAUUUGAAGCUGGAUAAAUUGUCAUUCCCAGAUGAAUAUCACCUGGACAUGUCCUCAUUUACGGACCUCACUGAAAUAACACUGCAGAACAUCCGCAUACAGCAUUUGACUAUUGACCCGUCUAAGCUAGAGCAGUUCUCGGUUUCCACCAGUGAAGACCUGCUUGAGACAAUUCCGCCAAUAAAAGUGACGUUCGCCCAGGAAGAAAGGUUUUCGAAUAAGCUACGCGAGCUCAUUCUGGAUAAUAUUGUAUUAAAUGGAAACCUAGAUAUAAGUCAGUGUUGUAAGCUAAAGACACUGCGACUGGCCACAUUAACAUUCCCUGAAGACUAUCACCUGGACUUGACCUCAUACGCGGACCUCACUGUGAUAUCUUUUCGUAACGUCCACCUUCGGCAUGUGACCAUCUCCCCGGCCAAGUUUGAGAUAUUUAGGGCGUUGAACGUUGAACAUAUGAGAGGAAAUAUACAGCCGAUGGAGGUGACAAUUUUAGGUGGGGCAAAGUUCACUCACAAGUUAAAGAAAUUGGGCCUGGUUAACAUCAUUUUAGACGAACCUAUUGAUUUAAGUCAGUGUUCCAAUAUAACAGAAAUUAAGCUUAGUGAGGCCAUUCUCAGCGAUGCCAAAAGUGUUCCUGAGGUUAUGCAACGAAUGAAAAUGUAUCGCUCGAAAGGGUGUGUAAUUUAUGAGCAAGUUCACUCAAAACAAAUAUAAACACUAUAUUGGACAAUCGACGAUCGAAUAAGAAAACUGUAGAUGCUGGUUCAAUGUUAAUUACAUUGUAACCUGCCAGGAUAGAUAAAUGGAUAUAAAACAUACGAUUUAAUACGCGGUACUGAAUAAAAAAUCAAAUAUGAUUAAAGACGUGUGAUGCAGUGACGCAAUGUCAUAUAAUCAUGCAGUAAACGUUACAUCCUAACUAUAUUUGGUUGGCGACCGGCUUUAACAGUGUGGUAUAACGUAUACAGUCGGACCCCGAUGGCUCGAAUUCACAUGGACCGGCGAAAUAACCUCGAGCCUCGAAAAUUCGAGCCAAGCGGGAUUGUUUACCUUCAGUUUAAUUAUCUGUCUUUAACAUAUAGUUCGAGCCAACGAGGAAUUCGAGCUAAAUGAGUUCGAGCCAACGGGGUAUAUAUAGCAAUACCGGCACUGAUGGUCUUCAAAUCAAUAAAUGUGUAAAGGAAACAUAGGUUUUAUUAGACUAAAGCUUAUUGAAGUUAUAAACAGACACAUUUAUAACAAAAGUAAUUGAGGCGAUUCUUGUAAAAUACUUUAAUGUUUAUUGCAAAGCAUUAUUUUGGAGUAAACUUUUGAACUUUAUUUAAAUCAUGCAGACUCAUAGAAACUGUAUAUUGAAAAAAAUAUAACAGAUUUGUUUAUUUUUACAAGUAUUAAAUUAUUUUGUUUGUAAAAAAUCGGGUUUGCAUAUG